CAAAAGUGGAGGACGAUAGUACUAUCUUGAUUAUAGAAGAAACACCAUACCGGAAGAGCCCAGGAUAUCUGAGAGAUACUACACUAGAAAACGCUACUAACUCCCCAGAAAUAUCACCACCAAAAUCGACCCUUAGGGACCUAGAAAGGGCAAUAACUGAAGUUACUAGUAAAAAGGUAGCAUUAGAAUUCCAAAGAGAAAAGGGUACAGAACUAGAUAAAAGGGACCGGGAAUUUAAAAUACAGGAAUACGAAAAGAAACUCCUUCAAUACAGAGCACUAGUAGCAAAGGCAAAGGAGGACCAGAUGAGUGGAUUUUUUGGAGGAAUAUCAAGAUCAUUAUCAGGGGGAGGCCAGAACACAAAAGAAGACAAUUCGGAGAAUAAACUAGUGGUUCAAAUGGUAGAAGCAAAAACAGGUAUUAAAACAGCAACAGGACCACCAGUGCCAGACCCAUCAACAAUAGUAAAAGAAAAUAAGGAAAAAAAGAAAGAGGCCGUGGCAUCUACUAGCAGCAGCAAGAAUAGUAAGCCACAAAGUACUGCAGGGGACAAUGUUGGAGGGACUAGUACGUCAACACCAGUAACUGCAGGGACAUCUACUAAUCCACCAGAAAACCCAUUUUGCAUAAUUAAAAACUGUAAAAAUAAAAAACAAAAAGGAGCACAAUUCUGCAAGAGCUGCUUGGAUAAGCAGCUGGCAGCAAGACAAUGUGUAACCAAGGAUUGCACUAAUGUGAAAUUAGGAGGGUCGAAAUUUUGCUCAAAGUGCGCCUCCAAAAAUGACACAGUCUACUGCAAAGAGGGAACCUGCGUUGAACAAGCCCAAAUGGGAGAAUUAUACUGUGCAGCACAUACAUGCACAACCAAUGGCUGUAGGGAGCCAAAGGAUGGGAAUAGUCAUCUGUGCAAAGACUGCUAUCAGAAAGUAGAAGAACAAAGAAAGCAAAGAGUAAAGUGUGCAAUAUUACGAUGUAAUAACAGAAGGGAGAUGGGCAAUAUCUUUUGCACAACAUGCAAGGGAUCUUUUUGUGAACAGUGUGGGACAGAUAAGGACGUAGGUGACCGAUAUUGUCAGGGGUGUAAAUGUCAAAUAGAUUCAUGUGAAAACAAAAGAGAAGAUUAUAAAGCCUUUUGUAAGGAAUGUCAAGAGGACCCAAGAAGGUGUAUAACGGAAGACUGUCCUAGGGCAAAGCUAAGUGGAGGAAGCUAUUGUGAAAAUUGUAGAAGAAGGGAUUUGAGAAGAUGCCCAGCCCCUACCUGUACAGAAUGGAAUCACAUAAAUAACACUCAGUGCCAACACUGUGGAGCCAAAAUAAGACAAUGUGAAGAACAGGGAUGUGAAAACCUUGUGCUAGAGGACGCAAUGUACUGUUGGCCCUGUGAAAAGAAUCUAUCAGAAUGCAUAAGGGAAGGGUGUCGAAGCUCAGUGCAGCAUAGGUCAAAUCGGUACUGUGAUGUUUGCUUUAAUAGCAUGAGCCCACCAAACACACCAACAACAACGGUUUCUCGAACAGUCAGAAUGGGGCAAGGAGCAGGAUCUCAACCAACCUUAGCAGGAACUAGUACCCAGGGAAUAGGAAGAACUGCCACACCACCACCAAGACAACCGCCUAAUUGGCAAACAACAAUCACACAACCACCAGGGGGCCAGCAGGGUGUAGUUGAUCCAUUCAUCACGGUUAUUAG